UGCGUCACUACGUCAGCCGACGUAGCGAAAAUGGUUGACACGGGAAAUAGUUCCUAGCACGACGUGUAACUCCGGAGCCGAUAGCGUUUCGGUAGAAGCCAGCUCAGCGACCCGGGAGAAAAAGAGAAAAGCUUGUUGAGGUAGCCGUGUCUUUGUCUCCGAUGGAGGACGUGGAGAUCACAGAUGUCCAUGACGGUGUGGAGACGGCGCCCCUCACCAACCAGGACCUGAGCUCCGUGAGCCUGACGGUCGGGGAGCUCCUGUCCCAGUACGGAUGGUACCUGCUGGCUGUGACCGCCCUCCUUUACCUGCUCAUCCAGCACCUGAGCAAGAGGAGAUCCAGCCAGAGCUCCAGCAGCUCCACCCAACCAUCACUGCAAGAUGCAGCAUUGGUGGCAAGAAGACAAGAAGCCAUGGAAGCAGCUCGCAUGAAGAUGCAACAGGAGCUCGAUGCCAAAGCCGAAAUCUUCAGAGAGAAACAAAGACAGCAAGAAGAACAGAAGAGGAGGCAGAAAAUCGAGAUAUGGGAGAGCAUGCAACAAGGAAAGAGUUACAAAGCAACCACUAGAUCUUCUCCGACCGCCGAAGAGGCCAGCUCGUCAACAACAGCGCUGAAACCGAAGUCGGAUAAGAAGCCGCUUCGCAGUGCAGACUACAACCCCCUGACGGGACAGGGGGGAAGCUCCUGCUCCUGGAGACCUGGCAGGAGAGGACCCUCAUCUGGAGGGUGAGGGUAAAGGAGGUUGGAGACGUUGGUCUGUUUGACCUUUGCCCUCUGACAUCCUGAUGUGCACACUGACUGACUGAACCAAGCUGACGAUGUUUUCUUUUGAUGUGUUUGAUUUGUGUUUUUUCUCUCUGGUCCUUCGGCUUUUUUCACCAUCAGAUACUGUGCUCCUCAUUAUCUGCUAAUGCAUUUUGGAAUUGAAAGCUUGUAAUGACGCCCUUCCUGUAAUCGGUAUGGAACCAGCAGGUUUGGCUGAUGAAUUUCAAAGUCAGUGUGUUUUUUUCUUCUAUAUUUUGGUACCAGCAUAGUUUAGAUUUCAUGUUCCUAAAGUUACUGCUGCUGGAUGUUUGUUAAGUUCAUUACUAAAUAAAUAGAACAUUCUGAUAUAGCUAGCAUAGUGAACAGGUUGAUCUAUGGCGAUGUAACAAUGCUGUUUCUAUACUCUAUACUGCACAUUUUUAGGCAAUAAAGAUUUGACCACGUUA